AUGGGACAGCGACUGGCACCAACCCAUGCCGUUGCCUUUAUGUCUAAAGCGGAAGCACUAGUAAUCGAUCUCAAGCAAUUGCUCUACUGUAGGUAUCUAGAUGAUCGUUUUGUCAUCUGCUCCACACAAGAGGCGAUGGACAAACGCUUUGAGUUAUCGAACGAACAGUCAGAGUACAUAAAAUUCACCCGUGAGAAACCGAAAGAAAACUGGCUUCCGUUUCUAAACGUUCAAAUUAACCUGUCCGAAAACGGCCACAUCACAAAAUAG